GGGUGUUCAAAAUGCAUCAAACACGCACCGAGAUCUAUUUCCGGGCACGGACGAUGCCCGUUUUCGUUUAAGCGUUGUUCAUUUUGAACGAAAACAUGCGCGAGCUCGGCCGCGGGGGCUCACUUGUAGCAGCCACUAUAGCCGCAUUACACAAUCGAUCUGCUGAUGGUAAAUCACGAUCGAUCAAUACGAGGCCAACCACCGGAGAGGAAAGAAACGUCUCUCAAACUAUAAGAGAAGACCAUGUAGAAGAUUUUUGUAAUCGCCGUAUUUCGGGAGUGAGCGAGCGACCUCUAUCAACAGCCUCGGAAGCAUCGGAAAGGGACUCCGCAUCAGUUCAGUCCAGCGAGGAUCAGCAACGACGUGAAAGCGGUGAUUCGGAUAGUGCUGAUGAAACAACAGUGAAAUGUUCGGGUUGGAAGGAUCCCCGAGGUAUACCGGCGAGGGUGGAAUCGUCGGACUCCGAUAGUUCAACGACUGAAGAAGAUUCGGACGAGCACGAGUAUGAAACCGGCGCUGGCGAUUGUGAUUUCCGUACAUUGACGCCCAAUAGACGUGUUGAUAAUACAACACGCUGCGACAAUGAUUUCAAAUGGAUGCCGAGCGUAGAAAUUAUGAGUGCGGCCGAAAUGCCAUUGAUGUCCUCGCGCGUCGACGAGUACUCAUCAAAUGUUAGUCUCGAUAGACGUCGUCGCAGAUCCAGCGACCGUAGUGACCGUGACAGAAAGACAAGGUCAUCCUUAUCAGCCAAGCCGCCGCAGCAUCCAUCUAGCGUGCGUGCUUCUCCACGACCAGGUCGUAUAUCAAGAAACGAGGAAACUCCACCUGAUUUGCAACGGCGAUGGAAUUCGUAUGAACAUUUCCGUUGGCCGGACGGUGGAUGGUGGCCGCCCAUGUGUUGGUGCCACCCUCCGACGCCUCCCUGCUGUAUGCACGAACGCACCUGGCCAUCACAUCCCUCUCUGCCAUCUCGUACAUAUAAGAACGAUGCUGAAGACAGAGUGCGGCGCCUGGAGGCUGACAAGGAGAGUCUCCAGAUGCAGGUGCAGGUGUUGUCAGAACAGAUCGCAGCGCAGACAGAGAAAAUGUCCGACCUCGAGAGAUCACUCCACGACACCAGACAAAAACUUGAUGACACGGAACAGAGGUUGCAAAAGGAGAUGCUACAAAGGUCGUCAUUAGAGACACAGAAGUUGGAGUUGUUAUCGAAACUGAGCGAAGUCAGACUGAGGGUGGCUGAACGGGGACUGGUGGAAAGAUCUCCACCCCCAGAACCCGCACCAGUAGCACGACCUGCGCCGCCGAGGGUAACGACCUGGACACCACCAGCUAACUACGGGCGUCAGAUCGAGAGGAACACUCACAUGUAUUCUUCGUUGCCGCGCUCGUCGGUUCUGAGUUCGGAAGUGCGCUUCGGUAAACACAACAACAUGGUGGUGGCUCGAGGUCGCGGCCAGUCCGUGCCCAACUUAGCUGAGAAGGAGGAGGUGCCUCGUGGUAGCCCCACCCCGUCCCUCCGUGAGGUGCGAACGAGACGCACUGUUCGCUUGGAGGGAGACGAGCGAGGGUCCGUCAGACGAGCGAGACCACCCGCCUCCAUCAACAGCACUCCCGCGUUAUGGGAAACGACUGAUAUCCGCGAAUGGGACUGCGACAUGACAUGUGGGUGGUUGGAGAGUAUAGGCUUGGAGGGUUACGUACCAGCGGCCCGUGCGUGGCUGUCUUCAAACAACCCGCCCUCUUCCCCCACCGCACAGGCCCCACCGACACAGACGCCAACUAAGGGCAGACUAGCGAACGCCUCCUCGGCCACCAUAGAAAAGGAGCUGGCCAUAAAACAUCCCAUGCACAAGAAGAAAAUAAUGCUCGCCAUCACCGACUUAAUGGGUGGUGACGGCGACCCGCUCUUGUCGUUGGCUGGUCGGCUGGAUGGUUCGUGGGCGUUACGUUGGUUGGAGGACAUCGGCGCGGGCUCCGUGCGUGCCGCGGCCGCCGACGCAGCCCUCGACGGCCGCCUGCUGCACCGGCUCACACACAGCGAGCUCCACCACCAGCUGCGGGUACAUCAUGCACUACACGCCCUGGCCAUUAGAAGAGGUAUACAAGUACUUCGCGAGAACAACUUCGAUCCGGAUACAAUGAUCCGUCGUGCUGCUGAGGCUCCCGAGGGCGAAGCGCCCGUCCAGGAGGGGCCCGAGGCCGAGCCUCGACCGGAGUCCCUGCCCGAGGGCGACGGCAAGCCCGUCCCUCAUGUAGCGCGCUGGUCCGCUCAUAGAGUGAUGCAGUGGCUCAACGAGAUCGAUCUAGCAGAAUACGCCCCCAACUUGAGAGGAGCAGGUGUCCACGGCGGGCUGUUGUUACUGGAGGCGCGGUUCACGGCGGAGCUGCUGGCAGCCCUGCUACAUAUACCAGCGCACAAGACACUGUUGAGAAGACAUCUCACACAAAGAUUCAACGAUCUGUUGGGUCGCGACGUUAUCCAGCAGAAGAGGAACGCGGAACAAACACUCGGAUACCAACCGCUCACGGCCACCACCAAGUAUAAGGUGCCAAAAAAGAGUCAGUUUUCAUUGAAGAGGAAGAAGAGUAGGGACGAGCUGGGAGACCUCGUGUGUCCGCUGAGAGACUCAGGUGACGACACUACGAUGAGAGCCAAGCCAGCAGUACCGGACGGCGGGUCGGGUGUUUGUCUCCAGCGUGACGAAACUCUGUACGGAUAUUGAUAGACGGCUAAGACUAGUCGGUUAUUAGCACAAGCCGGCUGGUAACACUAGCCGGCUGGUAACACUAGCCGGCUGAUAACACUAGCCGGCUGAUAACACCAGCCGGCUGGUAACACUAGCUGGAUGGUAACACUAAUCGACCGCUAGUGAAUCCUUCCGAGCCGGUUAGAUAUCCGACUAUAGCCGGUAUUCAUAUCGCUCGUUGUUAACUUUAACAACAAUCGAAGUUUAAAGAUGAUACAUUGAACUCGACGUGUUCAUCAAAUCAACAAUAAUUAAUUUAGUAUUUUAUAUACAUAUACUUAUAUAUCGUUCUUAUAAUGGUUGCUAAUUUAUUUUUAAUAUUAAAAUAUAUUUUAAGUUAUACAGUCACGUGCGCUGUUUUAUACUGUCUUUAUCAUCGCGUUUUAAUUUAGAAAUCGUAUGGCAUCUUAUUUAUGUACUAACUUACAUAUAUCUAUAUAUAUUUUUAUAUUUAAGCGAUGUUGAAAGAACGAACACGCGUGAAUGUAGAAAUGAAUAUGAUUUAAUGGAAAAUUCAUUGAAAGUUUUCAUUCUAUACAAUUUAUUUGAUUUAUAUAUCUUAGCAGAUGUAUUAUUUAUCAUUAACUUGCCAGUGUCAUUUUUAGACUCGACUUUCUUUUAUUUUUAAAUAAAAAUAAUGAUUUGAAUGUCAAAUAAUGAUAUUGAUGAGAAUUUUCUAUGAAAUAUAUAAAUUUAUACCGUCAUUGUAACAAUUAUGUGUUGCUUUGUAUUCGCAAGAUGUAUUCAAUUUAUAAUUAAAGUGUCAACUGCCAAAUAUAACUUUUUAGAUUAAUUUAAGAUUUUUUUUAAAUUUAAGAUUAUUAAAAAAAAAAAAUAUCUUUAAAAUACAGAGUUAAUAAAAUACAGAUAUUCCCAUAAAUUCUUUUAAUAACAUUCCAAGUAGAUUUUUAACAUAGCCACGUUUCAAACACUACGUAGAAUAUGAAUAAUGACUGAGAACUGACAAUAUUAAUCUGUGACCUGCCACGAGCUCGCGUCGUCAAAUAGUAAACUCACAUUUCCUAGUUUUUCAUUAAUACUAAAAAAUGUGAAGUUUUAUAAAUAUCAAACGGCAGACUGUCCGUAUUUAGUUUGACGAUGCCAGUUCGUACUAAAGGUAUUCGUCUCACUUCCGCUUUGUUGUAAUGAUAGGUACUUAUAAAAUUUGUUACUAGCUCCUAGGGUAGACGGCUGCUCGUUGAGUUUUGUAAGAGUUUUCAUUGUUAGUAUAUAAAAAUGUAUUUAUAUGUAAAACUAUAUAACACAACCCUUAUCGCACAAAUCAAAGUUUUAAAUUUUAAUAUUCUAUAUAUAUUAAAAAAACAUUCAAAAGUAACGUACAAGAUUACCAAUGGUCCAAUUUUUGAUUUUGAUAUAUCCUUUGUUGUUUUCCUUAUAAUUUAAUGUGACGUUGUUAGAUACAUUGUUAGUAUAUUUUCCCAAUAUCCCUUUCCUACCACAUUGUGCCAAAUGCUAUAUAAAUGUUGUAAUAUUUCCUUGAAAGGUCAAUAAUAUUCGGACCUUUCUAAAGCACGGGUAAUCUUCUCAUUAGAAAAUCUAAGUCUUUAGGGAGGUCCAAUACUAUAAAUCGGACCCAAAACUUUGGACCCUUGUCUUCCAUAGCUAUGUAAUGUUAAUUCUAAGUUCUGUCGGCGUCUCACCGUCUGAUAUGAAAACAACCUGUUUAUACAAUAAUGUAUUUAAAUAGAUUUUACAAUAACUUAAAAUCAUAAAUAUAAAAUAUAAUAAACACUGAAUCAAUA